AAUUAAAGGAGAAGCGUUCAGGAUUGGAGGAGAGGUGGUCAUGUCCCAGGAGGACAGCCACGAGUGGGAGCUGAGCAAGGAGAAUGUGCAGCCCCUCAGGCAGGGACGGGUGAUGUCCAGCUUGCAAGAGGCACUGUCACAGCAGGACUCUUCCAGCCACACUGCUGUGCAGCUUAAAAAACAGGAGUUUGAAGCAGAAAUACGAUUUUACUCUGGAGAUGAUCCUCUGGAUGUGUGGGAGCGGUACAUCAAGUGGACAGAGCAGGCCUUCCCUGGGGGGGGCAAGGAUGGCAACCUGUCAGCAGUUCUGGAAAGGGCAGUGCAAGCCCUCCACGGGCAGCAGCGAUACUACAAAGACCUUCGCUACCUUAAUCUCUGGCUCAAGUUUGGCGAUUGCUGCAACGAGCCCUUGGAUCUGUACAGUUACCUGCACAGCCAGGACAUCGGCACCACGCUGGCCCCGCUCUACAUCACCUGGGCAGAGGCACACGAGGCCAGGGGCAGCUUCAGGAAAGCAGAUCUGAUAUUCCAGGAGGGACUCCAGCGCAAGGCUGAGCCUUUGGACAAACUCCAGGCUCAUCACAAGCAGUUUCAGGCCCGUGUUUCUCGGCAGACACUACUGGCACUUGAGGAAAGUCCUGAUGGAGACGAUAUGGGAUUGCUGGGAAUUGCGGAGCCUCAGAGAAGUUCGCUGGCAGACCUCAAAGGCAGAGGGAAGAAGAAAGUGAGAGCCCCCAUUAGUCGUGUGGGAGAUGCAGUUAAAGCCUUGAACCCAAACAGAAGCUGCCAGCCUCAGGCUUCUCUACAGCUUCCAAACACUCCAAGUUUUGCCGUAUUUGAUGAAAAUUCUGUGUCUGGACCUGAGAUUCCCACACUUACAGCACAGUCAUGGCCAGCACCGCCAGUUCCCAGGGCCAAGGAGAAUGAACUCCGCGCAGGACCGUGGAACUCUGGCAGGCGUCCUCGCAGCACGGUGAGCUCUGGCUUGGAAGCGCCACCCCCACUGCCCAGUUUCACCCCCUAUGUGGACGAGUCAGCUCAGCCCCAAAUGAUGACCCCCUGCAAAAUUGAGCCCAGCAUAAACUGCGUGUUAAGUACUCGCAAACCUGAGGAGAGGGAGGACCCUCUGCAGCGAGUGCAGCAUCAGCAGCAGGAUGCUCAGGCAAAGAAAGAGAUGGUGAUGUACUGCAAAGAGAAAGUUUAUGCUGGAGUGGAUGAAUUCUCUUUUGAAGAGAUCCGAGCUGAAAUCUACAGGAAGAAAGCAAGAAAGAAAGACGAGGAUGAAAUACAAGCCAUAGAACGGAAGAAGGAAGAAAUACAAAGGAAAAUUGAGGAGCUGGAACAGAAAUUAAAGAAGAAAGAAGAUAACAAGCAGCAACAACCACAUGAACAGGCAGCAGAGGUAAUGGGAGCUUCCACACUUUUGGGAUUGCAAGGAUUUACUUUUUCCAGCGCAAAAGAAUAUGGGGAGAAACAGCCUCAGUCACAAAGUGAAUUCCAGGUCUAUGAAGAUACUCAACUACAUAAACCAUCUUCUUCUGAGGAUGUAGGUCUGCUUCCCCCACCGGCUGCUGUUCCAUUUUUCUCUAUAUUUGAUGAAUCCACUACUUUGACAAAUCAGAAUAUAAGUUGUUCAGCAGGUCGUAGCCAGAAAAGUGCCCGCCAGCCUCUUGCUGUUCGUAAUCCUGUGGAUUCUCUGAGUGCCAAGGAAAGCGCAGCAGCAGCAGGAGCAGGAGCCUGUGAUGAGCUGAAUGGAAUUGAACGUUUGAGUGAGGAUGCAAUUGUGAGCGGCUCCUACAAGAACAAGACCCUUUGUGCCAACCCAGAGGACACGUGUGACUUUAACAGGGCUGCCCACCUGGCCUCGACGCCCUUUCACGGGGUGGUAGCUCAGAGAGUGCCAGCUCCUGCUUUCUGUCAGGGUGAGCUGAAGGAAGAUAGCCCAGAAUCCAAGAGUGCACCUCUGAAUCAGGAGACACCGGUGGGUGAAGAGGCCUACACUGAAGCUCUCAGUGUAAAAAAACUGAGCCCGAUCAUGGAAGCCAGCCUGGAAGAUACUCACUCGUCAGGUGCUUCUGUCUCAGGAGGUUCUCUGUCCUCUGUUACACAAACAUCUGCUAUUAAAUACCUGCACAUCAGUGAGAAACUGGAGCUGGCUCAGAGCUUGCCUGCUGAAGUGGUUACUGAUGACGAUGUGGCUCAGAUCCUGUGGAGCCCUGAAGAGCGUAAAAAGCUUCUGAGUUCUGUGCUGUCAUCAUUGGCUGCUUCUCCAGGUUUUCACUUGGAGGCUGGAGCUCUGCCUCACAUGGAGGUUGAGAAAGAUGUUGAGCUGGGAAAUGAGACUUACUGCAUCAAAAUGGAAUAUUGGAACAAUGAAGAAUACAAGAUGUUUUUUGCCAUUCCAACUGGAUGCAUUUUCCAGUGGGAUGCAAAGGGAUUUGCAAUAAAGGUGUAUUCUCAGCCUGUGCCUUGGGAUUUUUAUAUCACCCUUGAGUUACAGAAGCGUUUGAAUUCUGACUUUGACCAGAGCUUCAGUGAGAAUUGCAGCUGUUACCUGUACCAGGAUGGCUGUGCCAUUUUGCACAAGGAUACAAAUUGCUUCACACUCAGGGAUAUUCUCCAUGACCGUAAGUUCAUCACAAAGGAAAUCAUCUUCUUGGUUGUUCAUGAUCUUCUGCAUGUGGUAGAGAAGCUGCACAAAGCUGAGAUUGUCCAUGGAGAUCUGAGGCCAGAGGUGUUGUUUCUGGGAGACAGGAUCUGCGACGCGUUUUCUAAUGAGGAGGUGCCAAAUGCUCUGAAGGUGGUGGAUUUCUCUCACAGUCUGGAUUUGAGGGUACUGCCUCAAGUCAGCUUGCCCUAUAGCUUUCCCACAGCUCAGACUCCUCAUGGACAACAACUUCUGGCAGAAAGUUCUCUUCCCUAUCAGGUAGACUUGGUUGGCAUUGCAGAUAUAGUCCAUUUGCUGUUGUUUGGGGAUCAUAUCCAGGUCUACCAGGAGAAUUCCAUCUGGAAAAUCAGCCAAAACCUUUCCGAGACCCCUGACAGUGAUUUUUGGAGUAAACUUUUUGAGAGAAUUCUGAAUGCAGAUGUUUAUAUCCUGCAGCACUGAGCUGAGUACCAGGUAGAUUAGGAAGAGAAGGCUCCUAACAAAGGAUCAGUCAUCCCAAGGACUUCUCAGACAAGGCGUGUUUGUAGCCACUACAGAACAGCUUCACUGUGUCUAACUCGCACAAAAAGCUUUUGAGAACAGGCUGAACAGAGAUAAGAGCUCUCAGCAGAAGUUCAGUAGAGGAAAUCUGUUCUUCAGGUCUUUAAAAUAUGUAAGUGAACCUAUUUGUCUUUACUUAAAUGAGAUCUAAAUCAAAGCUGCAAUACUCCACUAUUACUUUUUUGUUGACUUGGCAUCUCUUUUCUUUCUAAACAAAAAGUGUGCUAAUCCUUCUCUGUCUAAUAUGGCUGCCCAUGAUCAGUCACUCUUCAUGUACAUCCCAGACAACACAAAACUGCCCCCCAGUAGUGUAAAAACAGUAACAGCAAUGACAUUAUAAAUUUCUCCAUAAUGAACACACACAAACAAUGAAGAGAAGCAAGCAGGUAUAACAAGAACAAGCAGUCAUCGCUUCAGAUGUUUGUUCCCACUUCUGCUUCGAUGGACUCUGCCUCUCUGCUGCACAGGUCAGUCUCUGCCUCCCCUAUGCCAUGAGCUGAUUGCACUGACAUGUAACAGGAACUCAGGGAGCUCUUUGGACAUCCCUGUUGUCUGUUCAAGUAACCACCUCCAACCUUACACAAGCUUUUCCUGAGCACCACUUGUGUGAAUCACUCUGUAACACACAGGUGCUCUGUGACCUUGCAGGGCUGGGAUUGCCACAGACUCAUCAUGAAGUAGGAGGCACAUCAGCCUUGCCCACAGGAUAUUUGGAGACGAAAACUGUCUUAAUAUUUUCUGAGGGAAAAGAGGCAUUUAUAAAUCCUGACAUGACAAAAUGUUCCACACCAAGUAGAGGGUAAAAUGAAAUUGUGUGACAGCCAGAUUUAGAAGUCCUAGUGAAGUUAUUAUUAAAAAAUAGAGUGAUGGAAUCUGGGCUAUGGAAAAUUUUAAUGCCUAUUGUAUAAAUAAAAGUGCACAAAAGGAAAA